AUGGCAAUGCUCAGUCCCCGGUCCAGCUUGCCCCAGAGCGUGGCUACAGGUACGCAGCAACAACGGCUCUCGGAAGAGGGAGCUCGACCCGAGGAGACCCAGCCGACGCUCGGCUUCCCCCUCGAGUUUCCUCUCCCUCUGCCCGCAAACAUCGCAGCCGACAUACUGGCCCGCUCGCUUCGCCGCGCCCCCCGCUGCGCGCUCGACCUCCUCUGCCCGGAGUGGUCCCUCUGCCGCCGCCCCAACCGCGCCCUCGAAGCCGUUCUCCGCACCACCCGCGUCGACACCUACACCCUUCCCUGUCCGGAAUUCGGAUCCGGACCCGGACCAGCACCGGCGCCGGAAACGGGGACGGGGCCGGAAACGGGGCAGAUCGAGACCGCGUUUGAUCACGACCCCGCCAAAUGCGAGGGCAGGGGCAGGUACUGCAUCCUGCUGGAGGUGGUGCAGGAUCCGCGCGAGGUGUUUGGCGGCGGCGGCGGCGGCGGCGGCUCUCUGCCGCGGGAUCUGCAGCGGGAGCUGGUGCGGCGGUGGGCGGGCGGGAGCGUCGUGGUCGUCUCGCAGCGGCGGGAGCCGCCGGUCCUGGGCCCGCUGUGGGCGCGUGAUCUGCGGAGGAAGGGUGAUGAUGAGGAGGAGAAAGAAGAAGGAGGAGGAGGAGGAGGAGGAAAGGCGGAGCGGAUAAUCCUCCGGGAGGAACGAGCGGUCGGGUUGGUGCCGUACGAGGACGACUUCGUGAUCGAGGUGGGCGGCCGGGGGGGAGAAGAAGAAGAAGAAGAAGAAGAAGAACAAGAAAAGGGCCGGGCCGCGAGGGAGAUGGUCUGCGGGGUGGACUGGUACGAGAAGGACGCGCUCCCCGCCGCCUCUGCCGGGGAUGCGGAGGGAGGAACCCCAACCCCCGUGUACCUGUUUGGGAAAAUCCGGCAUCUGGUGGUGAACUGCGUGCCCGCGUUGGCCCGGGUCGAGGCCGAAGACCUGGGCAUGAUGCCUGCUACCAGGUGCGCGCAGACGCGGCGCAACCUCGAGUACCUGGAGGAGAGGCUGGAGUACGAGCGGCGGGCGCACUUGCGGGUCCGGUGGGACGCCAUGGAGAGGCUGGAGACGCUGUGCCUGGACCUGAGGGGCUUCAGCAUGCCGGAGCACGGGUAUCUCGACGUGGAGGACGUGCUGCAGCUUGCGCGGUCGCUCCGUGGGAAGCGCCUGAAGCUGCUGGUGAUCGCGGGCCUGAGGUCCUUCCGGUCCUACCACGGCUUCGAUCCGGAGAAGAUGGCGGACGUGGAGGAAGGGACGUGGAAUCCUAGGUUGGGAGCCUGGGUGAGCAAGAAGAAAGGGGUGGGGAUCAACUGGUGGAAGAUGUUCGAGGGGGCGGUGCGGCCUGGUGGACGACUAGUGUUCGUAGACAAGUCCAACGCGGACGGGCUACUGCCGCCAGGAGCGGAGUAG